CGUCGCUCACACGACCGUCACUAUUUUCCUGGAUCUCGUGUAGUGAGUGUCGCCUCUCGCGCCGACAACGCGCCGUGUCGAGGCGGUGAUCGAUUCCCCGACGGAGACACGAUACACCUCGACGAUACCAGUGCUCGCGGAUCCGUUCAGUGGUCCCGUGAUCGUUCGGACCUGACGCGACCCAGUUUCGCGAUCCCGACUCUGUGUAAACACCGAUUGGUUUAAAGUGCAGUGAGAUUUAUCAGUGUAAAACCAAAUGGUUGUGCUCGAGGAAGGCGGUAUGCUGACUACUGGACAUCAUCAGUAUUUACAACCGGAUUACCUUUCUCCGCUUCCGACGUUGGAUGCGAAGAAGAGCCCGCUGGCGUUGCUCGCACAGACAUGUAGUCAGAUUGGCGCAGAUACAUCCGCGAAACCGCUCAUCUCAUCGUUGGAGAAGAAUUCGAAGGGUAUGAACAUAGCCGCGAACGCCAAAUCACCGCCGGCCGCGAAACUUGAGCGCAACACGCGCAGCAGUCCAACGGACGGCAAAUCGCUAGCGUUCAAACCGUACGAGACCAACGUCGUGACGAAGAAAAUGUCGGACGACGGUAGACCCACGUCCAAAGCUAGUGUGCACAGUGUCAGUGGUCAGGACAGUGUUAGUGCUAGUGAUGCGCAUCCCGACAAAAAAUCGUCCGGUAAUCGUACGCCGGUUAGCCGAAAGUCCGCGUCGCCGAGCGGCCAAGCGACGGCAACGUCGACUAGUGGCACGCCGUCGGCCGACCGAAAGACCCCGGCAGAUCGCGAGAAGACCGACGGCUCACCGCGGAGCAACAGUAGCAGUAACAACAACAGCACCAGCGGUAGCAGUAGCAGUAACAGCAGCAACAACAACAGCAACAACAGUGGCACCAGUCCUAUCAUCAGAUCCGGAAUGGAGAUGCUCUCUGCGCAUACGAAGGACAGCAAUCUGGCCGCCUACAAACCGGGUCUUCCAGGAUUCUCCGGCAAUCCUCUCUGCUGUCCACCGGGUCUAGCCGAGAAUCCGGCUUUCAGGCCACCAUUCGCCGGCGCGUCGCCCUUUUCACAUCAUCAAGCCGCCGCGGCAGCGUUGCUAGGCUAUCCGUCGGCCAGCCCGACUGGCGGCAAUCCGUACUUGAGUUAUGCCCGCGUGAAGACUCCAGCCGGCGGUGAGGCUCUGGUACCGGUCUGCAAGGAUCCCUAUUGCACCGGUUGUCAGUACAGUAUGCACAGUGCUCAAAUUAUGAUGGGCGCGGGCAGUUGUCCAAGCGGAUGCACCCAGUGCGAUCAUCAGAAGUACGGACUGGCUAUGGCGUUGUCGUCUCUGGGCCCAAUGCCGCCUCCGUCGUUGUCGUAUCCGUCCACACUGGCGGCUGGUGGCCGACCAUACGUCUGCAGUUGGAUCGCUGGCGAAUCGUAUUGCGGCAAGCGGUUUGCCACGUCGGAGGAACUGCUGCAGCAUCUACGUAGUCACACAAGCUUAACCGGCGGUGAUCAUGCAGCCUCCGCGGCAGCUCUCCUCGGCAAUCCUCAUCCGCACCCGCUGUUGUCACCGUCUACCACGCUGCAUCGUGCCAGCAGCGGCUCUUAUCCGGCGCCGUCGUUGAGUCCACUCAGCGCCAGAUAUCAUCCGUACGGCAAGCCGCCGCCGGGCCCGCUUCCGGCAUCUCUGGCCGCCUCGCCAUACAGUGCUUUCAACGCACUGGGACCGUAUUAUUCUCCAUACGCGGUUUACGGGCAACGGAUUGGCGCUGCUGUACACCCUUAAGAUGGAUAAUAUCAGAGUGCGGCGGCAGGAUCUUGCGGAGGAAGCGCCCCCUUUUCUCCUUCAACUUCUCUCUGUCUCUUUCCUCCUGAGUGUACAAUUGGAGAAUGUGCAGACGAGUUCGCCGUCUACGAGACUGUUGUGUAAAUAGCCCUGGUGUACAAUACAAAUUUAUUUAAAAGAAUUCUAUAUAUGUAUAUAUACAUAUAAAUAUAUGUGUACAUUGAAGAUUAUAAUUAAAGUUUAUGAAGCAAUUUGACAGUGUAACGUUGCAUCGCGAGACCAUUCUCUUGCGGAAUUUGACUAUGAUACGAGUAAUACGCAUCUCUAUUAAACUCUGGUUACCAUAUAGGGAAGGACUACGUAUCAACUGUAAGUUAUCGUCACAACUGCUGGAUAAAUCUUGCUCUCGCUCUCUCGUGAGACACCAAGACAUGGGGAAAUUACCGAUCGCACCAUCAAACUCGCAAUAAAAUCGCGUUCCAUCCUUUUCUUUUCUGGAGAAAUUUCUUUCGGCACUUAUCACGAUAGUCCUGGCUUUUGUAUUAGUUGUACUAGUCUCGCGUUACAAGUGUGUUAAACUAACAUCAAUUAUUUGGCAUUGUAUGCACGUAUACUGUGAAGAUUGUAAAGUGCGUAUUACGAACACUAUGUAUGUUUUCCCAAUGCUCUGCAAAUGCGAGCCUUUCACGCUAAUGCGUUCGAUAGUGCGGCACCGUACGGACGGUCGCGCACAUUCUAUGUCCACGAUAUAACUGUGAUAUUACGCUCUACUUUUUCGCGAUGAGCAGGAAUAUUGCUAACAAAGAUAUCUGAGAUAAAACUGUAAUGUUGUAAUAUAUCAUCAUUGUCACUGUGUAGGACAAAACACCGAUGCCGUUGCAACGAAAACCAUAAAUGAAUAAAAAAUAAAGUUGAUGUAUGCAGAGAAUUCUUUCUUUCAGAAUUGGAGAAUCGCGCAAGGAAUCCUUGAUCAGGGUACACCCGAGAGCGUAUCGGAUUGCACAAUGUCUAAUAUCACACUGUUUCACAUUGUCGAAUAAAAUAUUCUAAUAGAAGAAGCACGUGAGAUGUACGAUACGCAUUAUCAGCAUUGUAAAUAUCUUUUGUAAAUAUCGUUGAGUUUCCAUACUGCUUUAAUAAAAACAAUGUUUGUAGAAUCAUCUAA